AUGAAUACUCGUCCGAUUCUCGACUCAGACACAGGGCCCUUUGUGCUUUCUGCUUCGUUCAACGCGGACAGCUCUUCCUUCUCAGCGGCACUGGAGUCCGGAUUUCGUAUCUUCUCCUCUAGCUCAUGCGAUCAGAGAGUUGCGAGAGAAGUCGGCGGCGGCAUAGGCUGCGCAGAAAUGCUCGGCACCACGCAAUACAUCGCUCUAGUCGGAGGAGGGAAGCAGCCAAAGUUCCCCCAAAACAAGGUCUGUCCCGAGGAUCCCGCCUGGCACUUCGUCGACGACACUGACAUUCUCUACGAGGUCCAAAUCUGGAACGACUUGACGCAAGAGGUGGCCACAUCGCUCGAGUUUAAGACGCCGGUGCAACGUGUCCGAAUAUCGCAUACACAUUUAAUUGUCGUGCUGCUAAACAAGGUCGGGAUAUACAAGAUGAAGAUGCCGCCGGAGAAGGUCGCGGACUAUGAGACUGUCAACAACCCCUUCGGGCUGUGUGAGCUGGGCAAGAAUAUCGUGGCGUUCCCUGGCCGUACGGUCGGGCAAGUCAAGCUGUUUGACCUGACUACCAGCAACGUCAGCAUCAUCCCAGCGCAUGAGUCUCCACUACGCGCACUCGCAAUCAGCAAGAACGGCGAUUUGGUAGCCACAGCCAGCGAGCAAGGCACCAUCAUCCGCCUCUGGUCCUUCCCAUCCUGCACCAAGCUUGCGGAACUCCGCCGUGGCGUAGACCCCGCUGCCAUAUUCUCCCUCGCUUUUUCGCCCGCAGGUUCGAUACUUGCUGUAACCUCGGACAAAUCCACUUUGCACAUAUUCGACCUCUCAGCUGCGACACAAGGCACCGUCUCUGAAAAUGAUCCCAAGCGGCACAAGUGGGGCAUCCUGUCCAAGGUCCCGCUUCUACCGCGCCAGUUCUCGGAUACCUAUUCUACAGCCUCGGCGAAAUUUGAACUGGGCGAUGAGCCACCUACUUGGGGUCCGCAUGGCAAAUCUGCCACCUUGAACGCUGGUAUCCCGGGCGUGCCAGGCGGCAGACCAACAAAGGGCCUAUUAGGGUGGCUGGACGACACUACAAUCUUGAUCAUCGGAGCAGGGCAGGAUGCCCGAUGGGAUAGGUUCAUCAUAGGCGUUGAUGAAUCCGGACGGCAGGUCUUCUCCGACCACCAAUGGAAACGAUAUAUCGAUUAG